AGAAAAAAUUUCCUUUUCUGAAAAAAAGGGUGCGGCUUAUGGGGAGGCAACAUAGUAGGAUUGUUUGCCCUUUCUCUUUGGCAACUGAUUUAAAGGAUUCUAAACUGGAGCAGCUGCCUCUACAGCGUGGUAACCUAACCAGGAAAAAUCAGACAUCAAUUAUGAAGAAAACCAUGGCUGCUUAUUCUUCUUCUAAUGCUUGAGCUACACAACAGGAAACCAUAGAGACUAAAUCUUAAACAGAGAAAUGGAUUCUCUGAAGAAAAAGGGAAAAAUAAUCCCCACCUGUACCCCUACUAACCCCACCAAUACUGCUAACCUGGGUUUGGAACAGAACUGUGUCAAUCCCCACUGUUUCUUUUGCAUCAUGAAAGAGCCAGAUUCAUCUCUCAGAAGGGCUGGAAUUGCAAGAUAUUUCAAGGAAAUGUCUCUCAGAGAUGACCAAGAACAUGUUUUGGUGCUGAGUCAUAUAUGGAACAUUGCCAUGACACAGCCAGAUGAUCCAGAGUUACCGUCUCUUGGCAUCUUUAACUGCAUGGCAAGUUUGAUCAACAAAGGUGUCAACAACAGAGAAUGGCUUCUUAGGGACCAGAACGUUUAUAUUCCGUAUUAUGCUGCUCAUGUAAUCGGCUCUUAUACCAUGAACAAGGUUGAGUUUGCAGAGAAAGCUGUGAAAUCAGGUGUCAUACCUCCAUUAAUGGAGCUUUUAAUAGGAAAGAUCAGUUGGGUCGAGCAAAGAGUUGCAGUUAGGGCUCUUGGUCACCUUGCUAGUUAUGAGAGAACCUUUGAAGCAGUAGCAGCUUAUGAAGAUGAGUUGGUGAGACUAGCUAUGCUGUUAGCUUCUUCUUGUCUGGAUGUAGUGUAUGUCAACUUUGUAGGGGUCAAGGAUAAGCACAAGAGACUGAAAUAUCACUCUGACUUGCUUACAAGAGGAGUUGGAGGGAUAGAAAUGGAGAACCGGAAGGCUGAAGAAUGGGCUAGCCAACUCCAGUGCUGGUCUAUUUAUCUUCUCAACUGCUUUGCCUGCAAAGAGAGAUCUUUGAAUCUUAUUUGUAAGCAAGAGUUUCUGAAAGAAUUGUGUAGAAUGUGGGGUGGAUUGGUAAAUCACUCAUCGCCAGCUGGUGUUGGACUGAUCAGAAUCUUGUGCUACAGUCAUAUUGGAAGAAAAAGCAUCUCAGAAUCUAAAGAGGUUUUGGAGAAUCUAUGUCACCUCUCAAGAUCAUCUGAUGAUUGGCAGUAUAUGGGAAUUGAUUGUCUUCUCUUGCUUCUCAAAGACCCAGAUACGAGGUAUAACGUUCUUGAGAUUGCCACCAUGUUUCUCAUCGAUCUGGUUGAACUGAAAACCCUUGGAGAUAGAUUAGAUUUGGGUGAGGCAAUCACAAAAGCACUCCUUUUGGGUUAUAAACCGAGCAGCAAACUUAGGUUCAAGAACAGCAAGGUUCAGAAGGCACUGCAAGAAAUAUGGGAGUUGAAGGUGGAGAAGAGAAAGAGAGAGAAGAAGAUGUCUAAGGAAAAAAUUGAAGAGAGAAGGGUUUUAGUGGGAUUGAUUAAGCAACAAGCAAACCGUUUAUUUUGGUUAGGAGAUGUAGAGGCUGCUGUUAGAAGCUAUACUGAAGGAUUAGAUGCAUGCCCAUUAAAGCUUAGGAAAGAGAGAAUGGUACUUUAUAGUAACAGAGCUCAGUGUCAUCUGCUGCUUGGAGACCCUGAUGCCACCAUUAGAGAUACAACUCGGGCCCUUUGCCUCUCCACUCCUGCAAAUUCUCACGCUAAGAGCUUAUGGAGAAGAUCACAAGCUUAUGACAUGAAAGGACUGCCCAAAGAGAGCUUGAUAGAUUGUAUAAUGUUUGUCAAUGGCUGCAUCAACUCAGAAUCGACUGCCAAGAAAGUCAAGAUCCCAUACCAUUCAGCGCGCAUGAUCAGUAAACAGAUGGAAGAGACAUGGCUUUUCGCUGGUGCCCAGAAAAAGGCCACAAUUGGAAAUGACGAAGAUGACUAUGAGACUAAGAGUUUCAAUGAAGAACUGGAUUAUGAUUUACUCAUGAAGUUGGUGGAGAAGAACAGUUCUGCAUGUGCAUUGUCUAGUCUGUCCACCAUAAUUGAAGAGCCUUUCAAAUUAAAGAAAGGCAACAGGAAACCAGAGCUCAAAAUGGGGAAAAGGAGGAACAGAGCUGUUGUGGCUCGAUCAAUGUAAACCCUGUUGGCUACUUCGGUUGUACAGUUGUUCAACCACAUUAAUAUUUGCGGUAAAAAUCAGAACUUUUGAAGAGGACAUCAUGGAUUCAAUGUUUUACCAAAUGAAUUGACUCAGUGGUGGCUUUAAGUUAGGCAAAUAUGCACCUGCUCGACAGCCGAUGUGUAAAGCAACAUACUGACAAAAUCCAUAGGGUUCUUUUCUACUUGCAUAAAGCUACUUUGAAUUUUGGCAAGAGUGUGUUUAGUUUAAAUGAAUUCCACUUAGUUCA